AAGUGUAUAUUAAUAUUGUUUUUCUUAAAGCUGGGAGUUGCCAUCAUACAUUGUGAGGUUAGUGCAUUUGACAUUUCACUAAAAUCUAAUGAACAUGGUAAUUUUGUAGUGGUGUCCUACCUAAUGAUCCACUGCACAGCUGGGUUUAGACACACUCUGCCUGAUCGUCCACGUUAAAUCCAUGCCAUGUUUUCCAGCAGACCCUAAACCAUGUCCAGGUUUUCUUUGCAGCACACAGAGCUACAUGGCCUUUUCCUACAGCUUUCACAUUCUACUAACUUAUAGAUCCACAUCAACAACUUUUGACUUCUUUGCUUUCACUAGAUGUGAAGGAAUUAUAGCACAAAAGCAGUUUUUUAGAGGUUAAACUGUAAAGAACAAGCGGCGUGGGAACUUCUGCAGAGCUGGGACCUUCUCAACAAACCCUGACUGCAGACUUCCUGGUUCAAUUUAAGCUUUCCAGGUAAAGAUCGCCUCCUCGCCAUGUCCUGUGACUCAGACCCUUACAUCUUCUCCACCGACACUCUACCCACUGACCCCCGCUUCCUCCCUCCACUGGCCAAUGGGCUUCUGGGAUGGAGGGUGUACAACAAUAUCAUGCACAUGGGUGGCGUGUAUAACGGGGAGGGCGGACGUUGUCACCGAGCAGAUGUCCCCUGUCCUCUGGCUGUGAAGGUUGAGACAGAGGAACCAGCCCAGCACACCUACAGCCUAGACACCCACACAGGCAUUUUUACCCACACUCUGAGCUCAGCAAGUGUGACCGUCUCACAGUCUUUGUAUUCACACCGAUACUACUCCAACCUGAUGGUGAUGGAGAUACUGUUGGUGCGUCAGGUGACUUCAGCGGAGCCAGUCACUGUUAAGCUGGAAAGCUCGUUCACACCUGAGAGCAAAGACAUCGUUUUUGAGUCUGGUCCUGAUUACAAAGGAGGAAGGCACAUCCAAGGAAAGACGACCAGUGCGGAGUACCCAGGAGGCUCCUGUCCCACAGUGCACCUUAUCUGGAUCCCCAUACCCUCCACUCUGACACUGCUUCCAGAGCAGAGCAAGGCUCGCUGGGGCUUCAUCGUGGUUGUGGCCAACAGUUUAGACACUGCUGAGGCCAAUUUUGACGAGGGCCUGAAUCUAAUGGCGACUGGUAGCCUGCGUCCGUCUCACGAGAAAGCCUGGAAAGAACUGUGGCUGCAGAGCAAGGUGGAGGUGGCAGGGUCAGACAGCCUCUACAAGGCUCUGAUUGGUUGCAUGUUCUACUUGAUCAGCGCCUUCCCCUCAAUACAUGACACCUCCAGCUCUUUUGGUGGAGUCAGUCCAGGCGGGCUGUCUAAUGGUGGGGAUGGUCAGGACUACUGGGGCCAUGUUUUCUGGGACCAGGACAUUUGGAUGUAUCCUGGUAUAGCCCUUUUCUAUCCCAAGCUAGCCCGAGCUGUGCUGGAAUACAGGGUUCGGACUGUAGAUGGCGCAAAAGACAACGCCCAAAAGCAGGGCUACAAGGGACUAAAGUUCCCAUGGGAGAGUGCUGUGUCAGGGAGGGAGGUGUGUCCAGAGGACAUUUAUGGACAACAAGAGAUUCACAUAAAUGGAGAUGUCACCCUGGCCUUCCAACAUUAUCUCUACCUCACUGAGGAUCUGUCCAUGUUCACAGAGGGCCAGGGCAGUGAGGUGAUAUAUGGUGUGGCUGAUUACUGGGUUUCUAGAGUAACAUGGAGCCCUGAGGACCAGAAGUAUCAUCUCUUAGGUGUCAUGCCACCUGAUGAGUACUACUACAAUAUCAACAACUCUGUGUACACAAACACAGUGGCCAAAUUCAGUCUCCAGUUCGCUGUAGAACUGGCUUACCUCCUCCAACAUCCUGCACCAAAGGAAUGGCAAGAAGUGGCUGAACACCUCAAAAUACCUUUUGACCAAAAAUCCCAGUACCAUCCUGAGUUUGAUGGCUACAUUAAAGGUCAUCCAGUGAAGCAGGCUGAUGCAGUGAUGUUGGGCUAUCCUCUUGGAUUGCCAAUGUCCCCAGAGAUCAGGAAAAAUGACCUUGAGGCGUAUGAGCCAGUAACAGCUCCUAAUGGUCCAGCCAUGACAUGGGGUAUGUUUGCAAUCAGCUGGCUGGAGCUAGGGGAGGCUGAGAAAGCUCAACAUUUACUUGAGAAGUGCUUCAAAAACAUCCAGGGACCGUUUCAGGUAUGGAGUGAAUCAUCAGAUGGCUCUGGUGCGGUCAACUUUCUCACGGGUAUGGGAGGAUUCCUGCAAGCUGUGCUGUUUGGUUACACUGGCUUCAGAGUUCAGAAGGAAUGCCUGGCCUUUUCCCCACUUCUUCCCAAUGACAUUUCUGAGCUCUGCAUUCGUGGUGUGAACUACCUGGGUAGUCAGAUGGACUGGCUGGUGAGGAAAGAUGACGUUUGUAUCAUACUGAGGGAACAUGCAAGCAGUGCUGGCAAGUCCUACAAUCUACAGGUUGUCCUGAAGGCAUCAGGAACAAAAAUCCCUCUCACGCCAGGGCAGCCAGUAACCUUUCCUCGAGAGCCCGGGUGUGUUUGUAAACUGGCUUCGACGUCCACCUGUUGGCCUUUCUGAAACAGCAACCAUGACCCUCCUAAUCAUUUAAUUUACACUGAAUUAAAAAUAUGUUGAGCAAAUUAUUUUAUAUCUAAGUUACUGUUAAGUUGUAUGUUGCCAUUCACUUGAGCAACCAUCGACAAAAUGUAUGAAGUUCUAUAGCUGUGUAACACGGUGGAACUACAAAUAAGCAUAAAAGGAUUUACAAAAUAUAAGUUGUCUGUUUGUGUUGAUUUGAUUAAAAGAAAAAUGCAAAAAGAAAAUGUGUAAGUGCUCGGACUGCUAAUUUGUUAACUCAGUGGAUCUUGCCUCUGGCUGGUAGCACCAUAAAAGGCUACAUGAAAUUUUAUAUAGAACGCAACAUUUUCUAAUUCAUGACACAGUGGCCUACAAAUAUUUCUUUCUGCAAUUUAUCUGCAUUAUUUAGAAUACAUUUAUAAAAAAGCUAUUAAGUAUUAUAAUAUGCCAUGUUACAAAACCAUAAACCACUUGUAUUGUAAAUGAAAUAUAUUCAAAUAAAACUCCUUACAUUAUG